CCUCCUCAGGACGUGCACGCGGGCGGGACAUAGCCGUUCGCCGCCGCCGCCGUCGCCCAUGAGAGAUGGGUCGUUUCCUGCAUCUGUUAUGUCACGCCGCCGUCGCUCACCGCGUGCGUCCACCUAAUGCUACAGGCCCAAUCAGCCGGAGCGGCAUCUCGUGGAGGGGGAGUUGUCGCGCGGGACCGCAGGUACCUAGGCCCUGGCGCAGCAGGGACGACUCAGCCAUGCCGACCGCGUCCUCCAACGCCCCCCCAACUCCUAGCCCUUUUCCAACGAUGGCGGCCCAUUCGAACGACAUCGACCGCGUGCUCCGGGGAAAUGGGCAGCGCCACCACUUGCCCACGGCCUGUCCCCCGACGCCAUGGACGCGGACGUCGCGGAGCCCGCCGCGGCCUCCCUCGCCGUCUGCGGCACCCAGUCGCGCCCCAAGCCCCGAGGGGUCAGCAUGGACGAUGUCGCCAACAUGGACGAUGCCAGCGGUGGCGGGUCGGGGGGUCACGCCGCGCGGCCACCGCUCUCCGGUCCCCGCCGCCUCGGCCUCCAUGGGCGCAUCCUCAUCGUGGCCAAUCGCCGUGGUGAGGAUGAGUGGUCCCUGGAGAGUGGAGACCAGCGCCGGUGGCCUCGUCAACGCCCUACGCGGUGUGAAGGAUGUGGAGGCGAAGUGGAUCGGCUGGGCCGAUGUGAACAUCCCCGACGAGGUUGGCCAGCGGGCUCUCGCCGAGGAGCUCACCAGCCUCGCCACGCUCAACCUCAGCAACAGCAGCGUCAGCCAUGGCGAGGCGGCAGCCGGUCUGGAGAAGCACCACGGCGUCCUCCAUUAAGCCGAGAUUUGGGAAGCAGGAAGGCUAGCUAAUCGGAGUAGAGCGCUAAAGGAGAGCAGUAUGGUGUUGGAACAGAUAAAGUGGCAGAACUUUGUCCAACUGAGAUUUUGUCCUAACUGCUGCCAUCUUCGUGUAUUCCUAUCAUAGGCAGUGGUUACUUGACUGCUUGCUUUGUAAUGAUGGUUGGACCAGAAAGUCGUGCAGUGGGGAUUGUACACAUUCCUGAACAUGUUGCUGCUUCAACUGAAAAUGUCGAACGGAGUGCUGCAGAACAAGGAUGGAUGGAUGUGCAGCUGUGCACUCAAAGUAAGAAACGAGUUGAACUCGUGAAAUAGCUGUAUUUGUUUGAUGUAUGAUACAAUUUCGGUCAACAAUC